UCUAGAACAGUCUUUGACAGUAUGGUUGGCAUUUGAAAGGGCAAUGAAUGCUUUUUGGUAUGUUUUCUGCUCAACAUGUUUGCUCAGUCACUGUAUGGUAUGUUUUCCUAUCAAUUGUGGUGAUGGCUAUAUACAAAGAUAUCUUCGGACAAAACAGACAGAAAGUCACUAUAUUUGCUGCAGAAUUUUGACAGAGAAUUGCCAACUAGGUUACAGAGUAAAGAAAUGUACAGAAAAUUUAGGAACAGAUUCCUGUGAAAAAUGUCCCAAAGGACAGUAUUUAGCAGAUCGAACAAAUUCAACUAAUAUACACCCUUGUGUUCAUUACAGUUGCUCAUUAGAAUCAAAACAAGUAGACUACUUAACACAGACAGGGUGUCAUAAACCCUGUAUAUGUAAUACAGACUUAAACUUUUAUGGUUUUGAUAGUUGUAAUUGUUCUCCUUUUAAUGGAGAAUGUAUACCUGGAACAGUAUUAGCUCUAAAUGGAUCCUGUCUUACAGCUGAGGAAGCAGAAGUAGUAGAAAGUUUAACAAAACCAAUUAAUCCAGUAAUUAUUCCUAUAUUAGAAGAGGAAACUACAGGUAAUAAAACAGUAGAUAACAAAUCAAAAGAUGGCAGCUUUAAAGACAAGCGGUGGAUAAUUACAGGUUGUAGUUUAGGAGCUUUGGUUGUGAUAUUUGUUAUAGUUUGUUGUCGUAUCUAUCGAUAUAAAAAAAGUCGUCAUAAAGAACCGAGCUUUAUAGGAGAUCCCAAAAUUACAGAUGAAGAAAAUGAAAUGCCAGAAGUUAAUAUUACAGAAAAUCUUGCAGCAGUUACCCGUCCAGUGAUUAAAAAGUCUUCCAUUGUAACCAUAUCUUCCGAUUCAGGGGUUUCUUCUGCUCAAACAAACUCCAAAGAAUCUAUAAGCGCAGAUUCUGAUAGGUCUUCCAGAAAAGUGGCAGCAGUACAUCCAUAUCACCAUAGUGAAGACAAAGAAUCAAACAUUCCAUUACUCGAAGACCAAGAGAGGAGGCAUCACAGAUUGUCUUCUUCAUCAGGUGCAAUUUUUUUAAACAGACCACAAUUUGAUCUCGGCCAUGCUGACACAGUUCAGGAUAAUUUUGAACCUCAGUCUCCACUCCAUCAUAGCUUCCCAACUCUAUUCACCAACUCAGAAGGCAACUUGACACAAAUAUAGUCUUAGUGAUCAAAUCUUGUGACUCGUGGAUUUUGUCAAAAUACAUCAUUGAUCAAAAUGUGAAUUUUUAUAUGGAUUUUUUUAUACUGAUUGUAUAUUAUCUGUUUGGUUGUGUUUUUUUAAAAAGUGUAUAGAUAAAUUUGUUAAUGUUGAAAAUGAAAUGUGAUAUAAUAGGAUUUUAUAUAUAGAGUAUCUUAAAACCUGAUAGACUAUUGCUGAUUUAUUAUAUGAGUUGAAGUCAUAUAAAUCAUAUUAGACUAUAAAAAAGGAUUUAAGGGCUUCCCAUGUUUGUUUUCUCAUAGUAAUGAGAUUAUUUUACACAUUUUUUUCUUAUACAAUGAUAGGAUUGAUCCACAUCAGUUCCAUUAGAUAAAUAAAUCAAUAUUGCAAUUUGAAAAUUUACCUCCCUAUAAAAGUGAAAGCUGAUGUAUAUUUUUAUCUUUAAACCAUCUUCAUUCAAUCUGUAUCUCUCUCUAUCUUUUUUUUUCCAUUAAUUUUUUAUUUCUUUCUUCUCUUCUUUGAUGUUUUCUAUUUUCUUUUUAAAACUCCUUUCUAACACACUUAUUGCCCUGUGACUCCCUUAACAUGUAGGACAGACAUUGUUCAUUUAUUAGAGCUUUUUUCCUAAUGCUUGUAGUUAAAGGUUUGGUUGGCUUGCUUGCUUUGUUUGUAUAAAUGUUUACUCAAGCAUUGUUAUUAAGAUUGACAUCUGCAAUCAAUAGAUAGGCAGGACUUCAGCUUGUAUACAUUAUAUAUCAUCCAAUAACAUUUACAAGUAUAAAGUAUACAAGCUGAAGCUCCACCUAUGUAUUGAUUGCAGAUGUCAAUCUUAAUUACAAUGCUUGAGCAAACAUUUAUAUAAACAAAGCAAGCAAGCCAACCAAAAUUUUAAACUACAAUCAUUAAGAAAAUAGCUCUAAUUUUUAUGUGUUGUUUAUGCAUUGUACUAGUUUCAGUUGUAAUUAAAAACUUGUCCAUUUUACAUAAAGACUGUCAUAAUGGAAGGGAUACAAUAUUAUUGGAGCAUUUUUUUAAGGUUUAGACAGAUUCCUGUUGAUUAGGAUUAAAAUUUUUCAAAAGGAGUUGGAGCAGUAAGGGUCAUAUUUGGCCCCAAAUUAGGAGCAAUUAAACUUAAAAAUUUAUCACCAGUUUUUAAUUUAAAUUUGUCCUCCUCACAUGACUAAGGUUAGGAAGAUGUUCGAAAAAAAAGAAAAAAAAAGAAGACAAUUGUCACAUUAGACAAGCUAUUAUGGCAAAAAAGUAUGAUGGAAUAAGAAUAUUUUGUAAAAUUUCUUGACUUCCCUUGUUUUGCAUACAAAAGUAUAAGGCAAAUCUAGCUUAGAAAUUACUUUAUAUUUCGUGGGACCAUGUAAAUAGUUAGAAAGCUUCUCUUAGAUUAUUCUGUUUUAAUAUGAUUGUACAUCCUUUUUCAAAAAAAAAAUAUUUGUUGAAAACUGCGUAUAUAUGUUAUCAGCUAUUGGCAGAUUUCAAGCAACUAUUUCAAAAAUUUCAUUUAUAAACAAUUGAAACUAUGGACCUGAAAAAGCAUUGAGAUGGUGCAUUUCUGGUGUUCACUAUAAUUUUACAUUAUAGCAUCCAUGAUUAAGGUGCUUUGUUAGCUUUUAAUAUAUAAUCCAUGAAGUUUUAAUCUGUUAUUUGUUUUUUUAUACUUGCCAAUUUCACCCACUUUAAAAAAAUUUAAGGGUAAAUAUUAUUAUUUAUGCAUAUAUUUGUAAAUACUGAUCUCAGUCAAAUUCAUCAUAGAAACUUUGUCAGCUGCUGAUCUAAAAAGGACAUUGUGAAACAUAUUUAAAUUUUUACCAGAUGAUACACAACACACUACAUUUUUAACUGUUGGAUAUCUAUAUAUAUCCAUACAUUCAUGUUGAGACCACUCUUUCUCUCUUUGCAAAAUGUUAGACCCUAUUAUAAUUUAGCAUUAUAAUUCAGCUCCUAAAAAAUUAUACCUUGAGUACCCCGGUAAUGAACCAGCUGAUUAUGAUUGCUACUUUUUCAAAUGGAAGUAAUAGCUGUUUUGUAAAGGUGGUAUUUGCUGUUGGCAAAUGAUCUUAAAUGAUGAUUUUUAUGGUGCAUUUGAAAAUUUAAAAAAAAAAUGAUUAUAAUUAUUAAACUGAUAAAAGAUCACUAUAAUUUGUUGUGAUAUAAAUCUGGCAAAUAAAGAUUUAUUUGUACAUAUUACACUAAUGCUUAACAUGCAGAUCAUUUUAUCUAGUUUAUUAUUUUUUAAACAAUUGUAAGGUUUACUUAUUAAAUUCUGCAUAUUUAUAUUACUAUGGAUUCAUUUAUUUUUUCGUGGGAACUGAUUUUCAUAGAUUGAGGAAAAGUUGCAUUUUAGUGGAUAUUUGAUUUGUGGUUUUAGCUAAGUCUGCUUACAAGCUUGUAUGAUAUUAAUACAUGAACUUCAUUGAACAUUUAUUUAUAGUUUAUUUAUACCAACGAAAAUCCACAAAAUUCAAUAUCCGACAAAUAAUUAUGAAGCCAGGGUCGUUUCUAAUUUUUCAUCUGCUUCCAACAUUUUCAGCAAAUUAUCUACAGUUAGAACUACACUUCCUUUUGUGGCAACAAUGAAUUCUAUUCCACUUAAGUCUUCGUUUAUCUCGUCUUUGAGUGAAUUAAGAAUAGUAAUAUUUCACUUGACAUCAUCCUGUUUGUUUGGCGCUGGUAAUACCUACCUUUUAUGCCACUUAGUUGACAUUUUAAAAUCAGAUUGCUAUUGCAAAAAGGUUAAAAAUAUCUGAACAUUAUUAGUACCUCUGAUUUUAUUCAAAUUUUGAGACUUUCAGCUGUGUAUAUAUAUUGUAUAUAUUUUUUUUUUAAAGCACUCUUUUCUUAGAAAGACAUUCCAUUUAACUUAUUGUGAUAUUGUCAAUGACAUUGAUGCAUAUAUUUUAUAAGAGCAUUUUAUAACAUUGUUAAGAUUUACAUAAUGUCUUUCAUUCAUAAUAUUGUGGUUGGUGCUUGCACAAAGUCAGUGCAUGAGUCUUUCAUUAGUUCAUUGAUCUGUUUAGUUGCUAUUUAUUUUUAACACUUAUUUUACAAGGAGUUCAUGUAAUUCUCAUAGAUGUUAAGGUCUACAGGUCAUAAUUAAAAUAGCACUCAAAUUUUCAUAUAUAUAAAUAUAGUUAUAAAAAAAAAAAUGUAAGUGUCAUUUUUGAGAGAUGUAAUUUUGUAUACCGUAUAAAAAACUGUAACAAAUUGUUUUGGUUUACAUUUUUAAGACGGUUUACUCAGAGAUAUAGUGUUCCCAAAGUUUUUCUAUGCUUGCCAUUGAACAGCCUAGUUCUUAUACGUAAUCACAUGGUAAAUAACUGAGGGGAAAACAAGUUAAAUCAAAUUUAUAAACAUCAAUUAAAAGAGUAUGAAUAUAGAGUUGAAUGUGUGUUGUAAAACAAUUUAGUAGUUUUUAUACAAAGAUGUUAACCAAUAAAACUUUUGUACACAAAUCAUGUUACACAUGGGCAUGUAAAAGCAAUCUACAAUAAAUUUACUUUUAAAAAAAGAAACCAAUAUGUUUUCCUUUCCCAGUGGAUAUAACCAGUUUUGCAGCUGUCCUGAAUAUGCAUGAAAUAUUUGCUACUGGACCUUCGAUAAACGACAAUCAAUCAAGUUUGCAGAAGCUUUUAUUCAAUCAUGAAAAUGAUAAUGAAAAUUAUAUUAUACCAUUGUUUUCUGACUAGUUUUUUUUUUCAAUUCAUUAAUCCCAUAAAAAAAAAGUAAAUUAACACAAAUAUAUAUUUUAUCGAGAACAAGUCAAAUUGAAUUUUGUCGUUAUAUUAAUAAUUUAUAUCAACAAAUUUGUAUAAAAAAGUUUUAAAUGCAAAAGAGUUUCUGCAAAAAUAAGUUAAUUGAUAGUAUGUUCAUACCAAAAAUAUAAUGUUUUUAUUAUUCUUUUGCUUUAUUUGAUUGAGUAAUUGUAAGUUCUAUUCUUAGUUAAAACUUUGAACAUUCACUAGAAAUUCGGAAUAUUAGUGAGUUUUUUUUUGUGAAAAUUGAUAAAGAAAUCAGCUUCCCAAAAGUAAAAAAUUUGCAUUUUCAAUUUUCAUAGCAUUAUUAAAUUAAAUGUAUGCAGCAUUAGCUAAAAUCAUUUUAAUUUAUUUCACAUUUUUGCUCAAUGUUCAACAAUCACAAUAAUAGAUAAAUCAAAUAUUUCUAAAUUUACUGUGAUUGAUAUUCAAACUUUGAGAUUAGCCCAUGCUUGCAGUGACAUAAAUGUCAAUAAGACCAUGCAUUCAUCUAGAAGGUUGUGAAUGUUAGAUCAAACAAGUUUUUAUACGACCGCAAAAAAAUUUUGUGGUCGUAUAUUGGUAUGACGUUGGGGUCGUCGUCGUCGUCGUCGUCCGAAGACACAUUGGUUUUCGCACUCUAACUUUAGUUUAAGUGAAUGGAUCUUUUUGAAAUUUGACCAUAAGGUUAAAUAUCACAAAAGGAAGGUUGGGAUUGAUUUUGGGGGUUAUGGUACCAACAGUCAAGGAAUUAGGGGCCAAAAAUAAGCAUUUUCUAGUUUCCAGACAAUAACUGUGCAACGGUGUAUGGAUCUCUCUGAAAUUAUACUACAAGUUUCCAUACCACAAAGGGAUGGUUAGGAUUUGCUUUGGGGGGUUAUGGCUCAAACCGUUUAGGAAUUAGGGGCAAAAAAGGGGGAAAAACAAGGUUGUCCUGGUUAAUGGACAAAUACUUUAGUACAAAACAUAAUUUAAAGCAGUGUAAGGGAGAUAAAUCAAAUUUAUCAUUGAAAUUAUCUCCCUUACACUGCUUUUAAAUUAUGUAUAAAGUAAUGGUUAAUGAACAAUAAAGAUAAUUUAAAACAGUGUAAGGGAGGUAAUCCAAAUACAACGUUUUGGUUACUUCCCUUACACUGCUUUUAAAUUAUGUUUAAAGAAAUGCAUAAUUAUAAAGGAAGACCAGUAAAAAUAUCUGCAAAUGUUGCAUCUUUUUUUU